GCCAGCAUGUGCCUUUAUGUGUCCACUUGUAUCUCUUCUAGACUGGUAUUGUGCGAUUGUUUAACUUAAGACAAAAAUUAGCAGCGGAUACUGAAAACAUAUUUUUGGCACUGUAAACCUCCUGACUCCUUGGCUCUGUCAUGAUCACCACCUCUGUCAACAAUGCCUGUGUUUUACUCGCCUGUUCCCGAAAACCUGCCGCUGGGUCUGGUGUAUAUGGGAGGCUCUGUGUUCACAAACAACAGGACAGCAGACAGUGACUUCACCAGGGAGCAAGAGGAUGCAUCUGUGGUCAACGAGCUGGUUUCUCACCUCCCCCUUCAAAUGCUCCUGUAUUUCAAUAUGUUUUAUUUUCCCUGUUGGUGGUUUUCAGCUGUGUUCAUGCUGGAAGUAAAGUUCUACUAUCUUCCUGGGUACUAUCAAGCUCUACUCAUUACUGGGAUGAUCCUACUUACAGUCAUCGAAGUGGUUCGACUUUAUCUGGGCUACACUGGCAACCUCAAAGAAAAGGUGCCAGAGCUGGCAGCCUUCUGGCUCCUGUCUUUCAUGUUCCAGCUGCCAGUGCUGCUGUUCUUCCUGACCGAUGAAGGAAUUAUCAUCCUGCCUCUGGAGAGAGCUGUCCACUCCCUCUAUCUCCUCUUCCUGCUCGCCCAGAUCCUGGCCUCCUUCUUGGCACUUAGAACCAUGACCCGAAAGCUCACCCUGCUCUUCCAUCUGCGGCAGCUUGGCAAGGUGGAGAGCUUCCACCACACAGGGAUGAGCCCAGUAUAUGGGCUUUCUUAUCACCGCAGUGUGCUGCCAGUGUCAGCCACCCAAGAUAUCUACAAUUAAAGCAAAAAUCCAUCCUUUCUUAAUAACACAUGUAUCAAAUCUAGUGUUGUAGGAACCACAUUGUUUGAAACUUUCCAGAAAACCUUCAACAGCUGCCAAAGCAUGAGCAUGAGCAUUCAUUUAUUAUUUAAAAGAAAACAUUUAGAAACCACCUAUUUUGUAAAACUCUGCUCUGUGGGUCUGCGUUUAUUAUGACUGUAUAGCAUUCAGAACUUUUUAGGCCACUGUUGUGCUGAAAUUUGGGUGCCCCAGAUCUUUCUGUAUGACUUUUAAUGUGGUAUAAAAUGACAGGCCUUUGAAAAAAUAAAAUAAAAAUCACAUACUAACUCUGAUGCCACAUUCUGACAUUUACCGAUGUUUUUAACAGAUGAAAAACAACAUUUUAGCCCAAACCUCAAUGUCAAAACUUGAUGCCACGUCAGCCAAACUGUCAUGGAGUGACACGUUUACAGGGGAGUAAGGUAAAACACACCAUCAAAUAAUAAAAUGAGAUCAGAAAUACAAGGCAGUACAGUGCUUGUGGCUGCUUUUAUCAGUAUUAAAGUGUUUCAGGUUUUUUUUCCUUUCCUUUCUUAAUGAUGAUGGAUGAUAGAGGCUGUAGUGUUGGUGGAACAGAAUUAUUUUGCCGAGGCAGAUUACCUUCUUGCCCACAAGAAAAGUCGAGUCUUUCCCCAGGUUUAUUUCAGCCUAUUUCUGGGAGGAGGACUGUGAUACUUCAAUAAAACGGUUUCUAAUUUAUCUCAGUCAUGGCUACAGGAUGCCAUAUUACAAUCUGAUAAGUGGGUUGCAGGAAUCUAAUUUUUUAAACCUUGUACAGUAAAAGAGUGUAAACUGAAUUGCAGCAGAACUGUGUUAAAUAUUUAUGACCACACAGUGGCAGUCAGUGACCAAAAGAGGGAUGGGGGAGCAUCUGACAGUGUUGCAAAGUCCAAUGAGUAUAGAUUAUUAUGCACCACAUGUCCUGAUCAGGAAACCCUCUGGCAGAGAAUUAAAGGUUAGCCCUGUCUACAUUCGGAAAUGAGGUUUUUUUUUUUAAUCGUUUUUAACUCCAAGUCAAGUAUACAU